GGCCAACGGCCACGGCACCGUCUGGGAGGCCCGCACCACCUUCGCGUGAGGGGGGGCGCGAUAGAAUAUGGGGACAGAGACGAGCGUGGCAGGAGAAUCUUCCCCUUCAGCCCGGCCCCCGGCGUUUGUUUUAGCGGUUUCUCGUGUGUGACGAGCAUCUGGCCGGUAGCUAAGGAGGGCAGGGACAGCUCUGGCGCAUUCCCAGUUCCUCUCACCCUCUGGGAAAAAUGGCGGCGCCCUCCCCGCCCGCAGGCCAGUGUCGGGCUGGGCGCAGCUUGCGGAUGCGAAAGAGCGCGACAGCCAUCGGCCAAUUAAAACGCCACAUUAGGUUGGCGUUGGGCGGGAUUGCCACCAAUCAGACGUGUCGGCCUUCCGUCGAGCCGGGCCGAAGGAGAGUGCUGCUUGGCGCUGCUUCAGGGAGAUGGAAGAUACACAGCUGAGAUGACUCUUCAGGAACUGGUGAAUCGGGCAGCUAGCCUGUACUCUGAUAGAAAAGCGAUUUGGUUUGAUGAAUGUAAUGACAAACCUCCAGCUUUCUACACAUAUGCAACGGUCAUUAAGCUUGCCACAGAAUUAACGGCUUUCCUUCAAAAGCACUGUUGUCAACAAGGAAAAUGUGAAAUAGGUCUUUACUGCUAUCCAGGAAUAAACUUGCCAUCUUGGAUCUUAGGAAUCCUUCAGGUUCCAGCUGCCUAUGCUCCUAUUGAUCCAGAUGCACCACCAAUGUUAACCACUUACUUCAUGAAGAAAAGCAGUCUUCAGUACAUUCUUGUUGAGAACGACAAAAUAAAUAAGUUCCAGACAUCCCAUGUUGGUUAUUUUUGCCACAAUUCUUCCACAAUAGAACAUACUGGUUUAACUCUCUUCCAAAUGAGCUCAAGCAAUGCUGAUUUAAAUUCACAAGUAGACGAUGUGAAAAGAAAAUAUGAACCUUUCAAAGCUAUGGGUAACUUGCAGCCAGGAUAUUCCGUUUGUCCAGAUCAAACCGAAGGAAAAACAUCAGAAGGAGGAUACAUGAACGUUGGCCAGAAAUACUCUUUAGCGUAUGUCUUGCAUACUUCAGGAACCACAGGGAUCCCCAAAAUAGUCAGAGUGCCUCAUAAAUGUAUAGUGCCAAAUAUUCAGCAUCUUAAAUCCCUGUUUCAGAUUACACAGGAUGAUGUGCUAUUCCUGGCUUCUCCUCUAACAUUUGACCCAUCUGUGGUUGAAUUGUUCAUUGCUCUGACGAGCGGAGCCUCCAUUCUUGUAGUACCAAAUGCUGUUAAAAUGAUGCCUGUGGAGCUGUCAGCUGCUCUAUUUCACCGUCACCAUGUGACAGUGUUGCAGGCAACACCAACACUUCUCAGAAGGUUUGGAGCUCACAUUAUUAAAUCAACAGUGUUGUCUGCAAAUACUUCACUUCGUGUCUUAGCCCUUGGUGGUGAAACAUUUCCUGCACUGAGUCUCUUGAAAAGUUGGAAGCACGAGGAGAACAAAACAAAUAUUUUUAAUCUAUAUGGUAUUACUGAAGUGUCAAGCUGGGCCACUUGCUACAAGAUUCCUGAAGAGGUUUUUAGUGCUGAUCUUAGAAGUGAUCUCCCUGUACCUUUGGGAUCACCGCUCCUUGGAACAGAAGUUGAGGUCAGAGAUACCAACGGUUCUGCGAUUCUAGACGGCGAAGGACAAAUAUUUAUAGGUGGUGAAGAACGAAUCUGCUUCCUUGAUGAUGAAAUAACUGUACCCCUGGGCACAAUGAGAGAAACAGGGGAUUUUGUAAGAGUGGAAAAUGCAAAGCUAUUCUUCUUGGGUCGGAAAGACAAUCAGAUUAAACGUCACGGCAAACGUUUUAAUAUCGAGUGUUUGCAGCAGGCUGCUGAAGAUCUUUGUCAGGUAGAAGCUUGUGCAGCAACCUGGUACCAGCAGGAAAAACUUAUCCUGUUUGUUGUACCCAAAGAUGAUUUAGAAGAGAGAGAAACACUCAAAGAACUCCAGAAAUGUCUGCCAGCUUAUGCAGUCCCUGAUGAGCUUGUACUGGUUAAAGCUUUGCCUUUAACAUCACAUGGCAAAGUUGAUAUAUCUGAACUGAACAAGAUUUACCAGAACCACCUAAACUCCAGAAGGCGUGACAGUAAGCUGAGUGGCGCAGAGGAAUUGUGGGAAAGAUUGCAGUAUUUAUGGAAGUCUCUUCUGGGCCUAGAUGAUUCCACCAGAAUUUCUAAAGAUGGAGUAUUUCUGUACAGUGGAGGAGAUUCCUUGAAGGCUCUACGAUUUUGUGAGGAAAUUGAGAUGCUCGUGGGCAAAGCUGUGCCUGGACUCCUUGAAGUUAUUCUCAGCUGCUCCAUUGAAGAGGUUUAUAGACAUAUUCUUAAAAUCCUGUUUCCAGAUGAAGACAAAUUAAUGAAUUAUGACAAUGUUCUGAAAAGAAAAUUAAGUGGGAACGGUGGAGAGGAGUUCUAUGGAAAAUACACUAAACUGACAUCUGAAAGAGAUCUUGAGGUUGCCUCAGGGUUAUAUUCAUUUAUUGCACUGCGCAGAGGAAAUCAUUUUUUUUCUGUGAAUUUCACUGUGUCUUUUAUGCAGCCCAGUAACACAGUACAGGUGGGAGUGGAACUGCUGCAGCAACCAUCUUUUCUGCAUUUCAUGACUGCAGGUGUAAUGAAAAGCCCUGCACAAGGGUAUGAAUUGGAGAACAGAAAUUUAACAGCUGAGAACAAGGCAAAUAAAACUGACUGCUGCUCUGUACAGCAGAUCCAUGCAGAAUGCAGUCACGUAACAACGCCAGAGUUGGCAUUAUGCAUAAGAUGGAAGUCAGACACAAGAAAAUGUGUUGAUGCAUCACCACUGGUUAUAGUACCUUCUAAAGAAGAGGUAUCUGCAGCUGUGUAUGUUGGCUCUCACUCUCAUGCAAUGCAGGCAAUUGAUCUCGAUUUGGGAGAAAUAAAAUGGGAGAAGACCCUUGGAGAUCAUAUUGAGUCCUCUGCCUGCAUAUCCAAGUGUGGAAAUUUCAUUGUUGUUGGUUGUUAUGAUGGCCUAGCCUAUGUGCUUCAAAGCAGUGACGGAGAAAUUUACUGGACUUUUGUCACAGAAGAUGCAGUGAAAAGCUCUGCAGUUUUAGACCCUUCCAGUGGUCUGGUCUACAUAGGAUCACAUGAUCAGCAUGUGUAUGCUUUGGAUAUUUAUAAAAAGGCUUGUGUAUGGAAGUUACAUUGUGAAGGGGGAGCUGUGUUUUCAUCUCCUUGUCUAAGCUCUCUUCCACAUCAUCUUUAUGUUGCUACACUAGGAGGACUACUACUGGCUGUAAACCCAGUGACGGGGAAUAAGAUUUGGAAAAGCUUUCUGGGAAAACCACUCUUCUCCUCUCCUCACUGCAAUGAGAAGUACGUUUAUGUUGGGUGUGUGGAUGGAAACCUAUAUUGUCACACUCAUUCUGGAGAAAAGGUCUGGCAGUUUUCCACCAAUGGACCUGUGUUUUCAUCUCCAUGCAUCUCCAGUUUAACUAAGCAAGAAAUAUUUUUUGGCUCCCAUGAUUGCUUUAUCUACUGUUGUAACAUGGAGGAGGGUAAUUUACUGUGGAAAUUCAAAGCCACCUCAAGUGUAUAUGGGACACCAUUUGUUUUCCAAAGUGAUGAAUUAAAGAACAAAAUUCUUUUGGCAGCAAUAUCUACAGAUGGUAAUGUGUGGAUCCUGAAUGCCAAGAAUGGAAGAGAAGAAGGACGAGAUAAGCUUCCAGGAGAGGUUUUCUCUUCCCCUGUGGUAUGGGGAACAAAGCUUGUUGUUGGCUGUAGAAAUGACUAUGUAUAUUGCCUAGAUUUGCAUAUAACAGGAAAAAAAAUGAACAGCUGUUAGGCUGCCUCCUUUUUAUUGUUUACAUUUCUAAAUUAAGAACUCACAGGUGCUUUCUACCUCUGUACCUUUUUUACUGUAGACAAGAGGUACUCUGCAGACUUCUUGGGUAGCAUUUUGUACCAAGCAGUGUCUAGAGCAGGUAAAGUGAUGUUUGUUGACUUGCUGCACCGAUUGAAAGAGGUUGGUUGCUCAGCAGCCAGUCAGAAGUUCCCCUGUCCCUCCCUCAUUUACCAGCUCCAAUUCAUGAAAGAAUGUCUUACCUGGUUUGAAGGUUGUGCUUUGACCUGGGCAGCAAGAAAACAAAAGUCAACAGUUUGGCUUCAAACACUUGCAAGAUUGGGAGAAACUGUGGUAAGGUGCCAUACUCUGCAGGUUGGGAUAACGUGCUUGUCUCCCUGAGGGAGGAAGGUGUUGGUGUCUGAGUCUGGCCUUACCUGUGCCCCAAGGGUCCUUCCUAAGCCCAUGCCUGACUCUUUGUGCAUCAGAGCAGAGUUUGUCUGGUCUGACAAGGUUUCUGGGCCGUGCCAAGGCAACCCACAUCCUUCUGUGAACUAACUUGGAACUCAGUUUCUGAACAUGGAGCCUGCAUGGCACAUACCUGGUAGUGACUUGGUUACUAUAGCUUGUAUAUAUGGAGUAGGUCAUCUUUUGUGAGCCCAGGCUCUAAACUCUGUUGAAGUUAGUAAGAGUUCUUGUGUUCUAAAGUGGAGAAUAUAUACUUACAUGUGUAUAUUUAUUAAAUCCCAGUGGCAGGCACAGUAUGAGUGCCAAGAUGAGGUGUGGAUUGCUCAAAUAGAACAUUGUCAAAUCACUUUUUAAGAGAUUUGAAUUUAUACUGUCUACAGUGUCUUUACUAUUAAUAAAGGGUUGUGUAAAUUGGU